UCCUCCUGGUUUGGGACAGACGGAGAGGAGGGCCAAGUGCUGGGGCCCUUAUAACCGUGGCUGGUGUUUGUGUACCUUACACCCGAUUGCUGCCAUGGACCAUGGAGUGAACAGGUACUUGGGAGAAUGGAGAAGACCUGUGAAAUGACGUACAAAGUGGUAGCCAGCCCUCUGGGGAAGAUGGAGCUCUCUGGCUGUCAGCAGGGUCUGCAUGGGCUCAGGCUGCUCGGCAGGAAGACCCCAGACACUGGCCCCACGGAGGCCCCCGGACAUGGAGGAAUGGCAGAGCCCCUCGUGCAGUGCGCAGCCUGGCUGGAUGCCUACUUCCACAAGCCCUCGGCGCUCCAGGAGCUCCCCGUGCCUGCCCUUCACCAUCCCGUCUUCCAGCGAGACUCAUUCACCAGGCAGGUGUUGUGGAAGCUGCUGAAGGAUGUGAAAUUCGGAGACGUGGUUUCUUACCAGCAGUUAGCGGCCCUGGCAGGCAACCCCAACGCGGCGCGGGCGGUGGGCGGAGCGAUGAGAAGCAAUCCGGUCCCCAUCCUCAUCCCGUGCCAUCGAGUGGUCCGCAGCAGUGGAGCCAUGGGCAACUACUCCGGAGGAGUGGCUGUGAAGGAAUGGCUUCUGGCCCACGAAGGCAGCCUGGUGGGGAAGCUGGCCAUGGAGGGGGCUCCCGUCCAGCCAGAACCCCAGCCAGCCGGCCGGAAUUGAGCGUUUGUGGUAGCAGUGAAUAUCUGAGUGGCACAUAAAUGGAGUAGCAUGUCGGAGGUGGCUGUGUCGGGGUGUUGGUAUAUUAAAAGAUCCGGACGUGUCCU